AUGCCUCGUACGUUCAACUGAGACCAAGAUAAGUAUGAGAUCUUGCUGACAAUAUGUGCGGUUUUAUUCCAAACAAGAACUAUACUAGUCUAUCGAUAGUGUCUCAAGAUGUCCAUAUCACCAACAAGACAGUAUUUGCGAUUGACAAGAAAGUGAAUUUGAUUCAAGAAUCUAUAUCAACAGCCAAAAAAUGCCAUUCAACAUCAGAACAAACUCAUUAAAGGUCUCGUUUCAGCCUCCUGUGGGAAAUCUGACGCCGAAGAACUAUGUCCUGCAUACCUACCUUAUAGGUCCCUGGAGGCUAAUGCGGAUGAGGCACAAGAACUAGAGGCCGGUAGCUGCAAAGUGGAGGACAAAUCAGAAAGCUCAUUCGAAUUCAUCCGCUUCCAAGAGUUGGGAACACAAUCACAACGAACGUGGCAAUAUCACAGGCAACCAACACCCUUUGGCCUGCUGGAGAACUCCCCCAACUUUGCCUUGGAAUCAUAUACGUUGGAAAACUUUGUCCCAUCUUACAAGCUCCUGUCAUUCGAUGGUUGUGAGAAGCAGUCAAAUGAAUUCUUCCGGAUCAACUCGUACUGUGCUUUCUAUGCUCUCUCGCCGCGACGAUGGCAUAGGCUCUUCCUGUCAGUGGUCAUCAGCAGAGAUUCCCCAUAUUGGGAUUGCCUGAAGCUACCAAUCGAGAAAGCUUCAAAUGGUCAAUUGUCACAUUAUAUCCGUCAGAAUGUGGAAAAUUUUCUUUCCGCAGACAACGAAUUUCAUGAUGACCAACACUGCAAUAUUCAAGUAGGAGAAAACAUGAAACUUGGUCGAGAUUGUUUCCCGGACCUCAAGAUACGAACUCGGAAGAUAGGAGAGAAUAUGAAUUCUGAGUCUAUUUUCAGAAAAUUGAAUGACAUUGGCUGCCCUGCAUAUCGUGAGAAUGAGCUUGUACGCUUCAUUGGAGGAGCAGAGGGCCGACGUGGAGAAAGACAAUUUGCAACUUAUGCGCAUCCAUUCAUGCUUUCUGAGAUCAGAUUUGGCACAGAACAGCCGUCGGCAGAUCAGCUAUAUACUAUUCAAGUUCCUCAUUGUCUUACAGGAAAUCUCACCGUAGCAAAGUUCCAUGGAAUUGUUGUGAGUUCUCGCCAACGAGAACUUACCGGGUAUUUAAUCGACUCAUCGACUGGGACAAGUUUGUGCGGCAAGAUGUAUGAGUUGAAACUUGAAGACAAACUGUCCUGGAAUCAAAGGGAGAGCUGGGGCAGGAACAUUGUUGAGAGUGUAUACCAGGUUCACUCGAAAGGCUUCGUGGUCGGAACACUUGCAUAUGACGCAGUGUUCCAUCAUGCAAUACUCAUCAAUGAGUUAAAUAAGGCUAUUUUAUUGAAAUUCAGAAGCAAAUUCAACAAAAAGGGCAGAAAGAGAGGGUUUCUACCGCCGGAAUAUCGCAAUCCAAGUGUGAAGCAAGACAUGAUCAACGUUACGCCUCAGAUCGACAUUUUCCAGCUUGGAAUGCUACUCUGGAUUCUGGCAGAAGAUGAGAUAUAUUUAACCUCAUCGUAUCUGUGCCAGAAGGUCGGUUGUUACUCCGAAAACUGUCAGAAAGACCACAGCGACCCAGUUUCGCUGCCAGAACCACCCAACCAUAUACCGCAGUAUUGGAAGGACAUUGUUGCUGCGUGCAGGACACCAGACCCAAAUCGUCGACCAGCAGCCUGGAAGAUACUUCAAAGCUUCCCCCCAGAUCUGUGUUCCGAUUUCCAAGGAAAACAAAGCCGACAGUUGUGUGCAGCCAACAUAGAGGACUUAUCAAUCUUCUCUCAGAAACCGAAUGUUCGUGCAUUUUGCGGCUUGUAAGUUGAUUCAUUCAUUGUCCUUUAUUCUCGGGAGUUACUAACUUGAAUAUGUAAUAGCUGUCAGGCUGAAACGACUAAGCAAACCUUUCACUGCGACAUCUGCGAUGGAGGAGAAUUUGACAUGUGCUUUUCUUGCCUCAGCGAAAAUAAACAUUGCAACAAUAAAGACCAUUUCCUUAUUGAGAGAAGAGAAGGCAAGGCGAUGCAGAUACAAACAGAGAAAUUCUAUUCUAGUCCUGGCCCAGAUGGAAUGAGAAAGAUAAUGAUUUUUGGAGGUUCCCAUAAAGCUAAGGAACAAUGA